AUGUCUGCAAUCGACGUGUCUAGCAAGCUGGGUGAAUAUAUGCUGAAGGGAUGGGUGCUGACAGACGAGACCUGCCCAAAUGAAAAUUGUCCCGUUCCUCUUAUGCGCUCACCAAAAGGACAUACUCCAGUGACCAUGUUCUGUGCAAACUGUGAUGGUGAUCCUAAAAACAAAAGAAGCAGUGCUUCAGGUCGCGCACAACCAACAUCCGUCCCUCAGUUGCUCUCCCCAAGUACAGUUAGUUCAAGUACACAUGUUUCAAGAUCUUCGACACCUCCGACGGAUAUAGCAAGCGAUCUCAGCUCUCCGACUUUUGCCUUGCCAGUUGAAACCGCCGAAAGUGUCCGUAGACGACAACAGUCUGACGCCGCGUCUGCAGAGAUCGGUGUACGGCUACUGAAGGGAUGGGCAAUGCUCGCAGAUGAAUGUCCUAAUGAACGAUGCUACGGUGUUCCCUUGGUGAGGCCUCCGCUUGUCGGAGGCAGAGACCCGAGGAAGGUACGUGAAACCAAAGCAUCGUCACGUCCGUUGCAGAUAUUAAAUGUACAAAUUUAA